AUGAUCACCCUACCUCCAAAGGCCACUGCCCUUGUGGCACUUGCCUGCGCUUUGUUCCCCGCCACCACAACAGCCAAAGCCGACGGCCCAUACGAAGCAACAUGGGAAUCAACAGACAAACACAACGCCGCACCAGAAUGGUACCGCGAUGCCAAAUUCGGCGUUUACUGGCACUGGGGAGCUUUCACAACCGCUCAGUACGCCAGCGAAUGGUAUCCACGCAACAUGUACGAGCCCGACUCUGACCAAAGAAAGCACCAUACAGAAACCUAUGGACCACCUGAAGACUGGGGUUAUGAGAACUUCAUCAAAGGCGCAAAGGACAAAAAGGGCAACUUUGUUCAGUUCAAACCUGUUCUCAAGUCAAAAGGUGGUGAAUUCGAUCCCGAGGCCAUUAUCAAGAUUGUUAAAGGUUCUGGUGCUCGGUUUGCUGGGCCUGUGGCUGAACAUCAUGAUGGGUUCUCCAUGUGGGAUAGUAAGGUCAAUGAGUGGAACCCGGUCAACUAUGGGCCCAAGCUAGACUUGGUCAAGCUCUGGGCUGAUCUUGUUCGUGAGAACGAUAUGAAACUUGUUGUCGCUAUGCAUCAGGCGUACAACUACAAUGGCUUCUUCCAAUGGGCGCCAAAGACAAACGAUACGAGCCUGCAGAAAUUGCUUGGUCAACUACCUCGCGAUGAGGAAGAUCAGCUCUGGUUUGACAAGCAUCGCGAGAUGUUGGACCACGUUCAGCCCGACAUCAUCUGGAACGAUUUCUCGCUCGACAGUCCUGGCGAAUGCGGAAGUUUCGAAGGUCCUUGUGCAGUAGACGAGCAGAAACGUCUCGAGUUUCUUGCCUACUACUUCAACCGAGGCGAGGAGUGGGGCAAAGAAGUUGUCACCACCUACAAGCAUCACGACCAUGGCUUCCGCAACACAUCAGCUGUAGACGACUGGGAGCGUGGUGGACCAUCCAACCUCGUUCGUCCCUACUGGCAGACUGAUGAUGCCAUCAGCGCGUCCAGCUGGAGCUACACAGUUGGCAUCAAGUACUACAGCUCCAAAGCCAUGGUACACUCUUUGCUUGAUCGCGUGAGCAAGAAUGGCAACAUGCUGCUCAACAUUUCUCCCAUGGCCAAUGGAGUAUUGCCUGAGGAGCAGAUCAAGGUUUUAAAUGACAUUGGUGACUUCCUCAGUCGUUACGGUGAGGCUGUUUAUGAUACUCGAGCUUGGGAUAUCUAUGGCGAGGGACCGAACCAGGUUGAAGGUGGAUCUUUCACAGCGCCGUUGCAAGGAAAUAGCAGUGAUGUUCGCUUCACACGCAACAAAGGAGAUGAUGUUCUCUACGUCACUGUUCUUGGUUGGCCUGAGGAUAACCUUGUUUCGGUCAAGAACCUUGGAUCAAACGCUCUAGUUGAUCUCAAGGCCUUGAAGUCUGUGCAGCUACUCGGCGACAAGGCUGGCGAUUAUGUGGAGGUUUCCAAAUGGGAUCAGACCAAGGACGCUCUGGACAUUACUCUUCCUUCUCAACCAGCUGAGUCUCUCGCUUACGUUCUCAAGCUUACUUUUGAUGGUGGUAUUCCGGUACCUCAGCCUGAGCGUGGUGCGGCCGUCUUCUCUAAGACGGAUUCGACUGGAAAGGGCGUUGCGCUUGCGUUGGGUACUUUUGACACGGUGUUUUUGACUGAAGCUGGACUUAAGCCUGCAGAUAUCCGCUCUAUUCGGGUGUCAAAUGGCACGAAGGCUACUCUGUUUAGUGGAUUCAGGUUCACAGGAGAGAGCAAGGAGCUCAGCGCUGGGGAACACGAGGUUGAAGAGGGCUCUGUAGGCUCUAUUGUUAUCUCAAAAAUUUGA